CUGCCAGGGGAUUGCGGACCGUCAUUGACUUUGCUAAACGUGUACAUUAAAGUCGCCAAAAUCUUAAACACGUGCAUACCAUAAUGAGGACCUUCGUUGUCAUUCUUGCAUUUUGUCUCGUCGGAGUCUUUGCGGAAGAUCCUAUUAAUGACGUCAACAAAGACUUUAUCAAAGCAUGUCUGAUUGAACAUGGAUUUGACCCACAACAAUACGCCAAUGGUUUAAAAAAUGAGAAGAUUCCUGAGAAGGAAGAACAAAACAGAAACUGUUAUUAUGCAUGCAUGAUGAAGAAAAUGAAUCUUAUGAAUACUGAUGGAACUCUCAACGAAUCUAAUCUUUUUAUUAAAUUCAGUGUCAACGUGGACAAAUUAGGCAAGGCCCUUGAUACAUGCAAAUCACAAAAUAAGAAUGACAGCUGCAAACUGGCUUCCUGUUUGAUGGCAAACCGAGGUGUUUAAAUAGGCUGAUUUUACUAUUCAGAAUUAUUCAUUUCAAAUGCAAAAUCUAUCGUUUAAGGAUUAAGAAAUUCAUGUACUAUCAUCAACAAACAGAAUAAAAUUAAAUUUAAUGUCACAAAAUAUCA